CUGUAAUGUUUGCUCUUCUGCGCAACCUGUCCCUGUUCCCCAGGGCCUCUACCUCAUGUUCAAUCAUUCGCCAUAGUCGGCGACAUCUUACUUACACCCAAGCAUGCAAAGCUGAGAUUGUUGUCGAGCCUUCGUUUGAGGGCGCAGACAUCUUUGAAGGCGAGGACGUGCCUGAAAACGCCGAUGAACUUCUCAAUGGUCGCGAGGAGCCUCAAGAAGAUGACGAGAAGCGGUCUUCUCGUGACCCUCCUUACGAGCAGUGGCUCAACACCACCGGCAAGCAGUUCAAGGAACCUCACAGACCACGCAAUUGGCUCGGUGGCCAAGUAGUUGACCGUUUCCACUGAAUCCAAGCUUUAAACCUCCGACGCCUGCGUCUGACGAGCUUCGGUCGCUCAUCUAUACUCAGUAUAUGGCGAACCCCGAGGGAAACUCGGUUAGGGCACUUGCUGAGCGGUUCGGUCUGAGUAUCAAACGUGUCGACGCUAUCCUGAGAUUGAAAGGUCUUGAGGAACACUGGAAGAAGGGCAAACAAUUGCAGACCGGCUUCCAGGUUGGUAUGGAAGAAAUUCUUGGCGUCGCUCAAGAUCGUCAGACGAGACGCAGUUUGACACGAGGUGCCGACGAACUUGGAGAGGACACCACCGCGGCCGACCUACAGCUCGAAGCUGAAGGUAGUGACUCUGCGCGUGACCGCUAUCAACGUAUGUUCUGGGAACCUGUGGCGGAAGGCAAGGACGCUAUUGUUGCCGAAGCCCUUGAUGCCGCUCGUGCCUAUGCACAGAAGCACAGGCAGAUGUCAGAGGAACAGAAGAACGAUCCCGAGCUCCUUGGUCUUCGACCAAGUACUCUAGUCAUUGAUAAGGUCAAACUUGUCAUUCGGGAGAAUCGACCGACUAUGAAGUUCGUUGAUGUUGGAGGUCGAUUCCUUGACGUUAAUGACCGUGUGCGGAGGAUAAAGGAGAGCGAGCGCAGGUCGAGGAUCAAGGCAAAGAGGAGAGAGCCGAAGGCGCAGGAGGUUAAGACUACAGAUGCUGACGCUGAGGUCUAAACUGCAUUACCUGUCGGAUGUUAUUUCUACACUGCAUAAUCGAGUUUGGCUUUCGUGCUUUUCGGGAAUUAUCAAUAUGACAUAUUUGCUGAAACUCUGGACAACGAAGAGCUUGUAUUUGCGCCUGUCGUCCAACGCCCUCGUGUCCUACCCAUCUUAGCGUGCAUGUCAUCCCAAAGUCUAGACGUGAUUUUAUGACUCGAUCGUAUGACGAAAUGAAGUUGAAUUGCGAUG